CAUGCCCUCCACGUUUCCUUCACUUGAGCGCCAUCUGUUAUGUGUUUAUCUCCAUUCCCCGAUUCUUUAAAAAUCAACCUUCACAUUUUUUCAAUUCCUCGUAACAAUUUGCUUUGGUGAAUCCAGCCUUCAGUAUGCAGCAGACUACUACUUCAACAGAUUCUCCAACUCCUCAACUUGAAAACCAUUCAGAUUCAGAAUCCAACCUGCACACUUCAACAGACUCUCCAACACCUGAUGUAAAUGUUGGCAAAACUAGUACAGAUAUACUCAGAGAUGUAAUUUUAUGGAAGAGGAAGAGUUAUACUGUUGCUGCACUAUUAGCAGCUACAGCGAUAUGGCUGGCACUUGAAGUCUAUGGAUUGACCUUUAUAACGCUGUUUUCAUGGAUCGCCAUGUUCCUCAUCGUUUCCACCUUUUUAUGGGGCAACAUACAUAUGCUCUUGGGGAAAGACCCCCUGGACAUGUCAAGGAUGUACAUAAGCGAUGAAUCAGUUGUGGAAGCAGGAAUCAAAUUUCGUGAAUCAGUUGAGAAUAGCCUGAGGUUUCUGUUUAGCGUGAGUACCAAGAGAGAGUGGUUCGUCUUUGCUGGGACUGUAGCUUCUUUGGGAUUGCUUUCUGUUGUGGCAAGUUACUUAGAUUUACUUACGCUUCUCUACAUUGGUAUUGUGAUGGGACUGACUGUACCAGUUGUAUAUGUGAAAUAUGAAGACAGACUUAAGGACUUGGGGCAGCGAGCAAGGGUCCGAUGCCACAUAUAUAACAGCGCGGCGACUGAGAGAUGUCGCAUGUAUUACAGCUCCAUAGCGGAGAGGGUCAAAAAAAUGAAGAGCAAGUUGCAGCAGAAGAAAAAGAAAAAAAAUGAGUAGUCGGUAUAUAUUUUUAGUUAGUUUUUACUUGGUUAUUAGUAGUAAUAACAAUGUUUUUACGGAAGCAUCAAGAGAUUAAAUAGGAUUGGAGUACUCGUCAACUUACUCUUGGUAACUAGAUUUGCACGGGUAUCGCUUAAACUUGGCAAUUCGUAUCAAGUGAAUUUCUGAUAUUUU